GGUGUAUGUAGUCUAUAGAUGGUCAUGACCCAGAUGAAAUUUUGUUGCAGAACCACCAAAUGCUUGCUGCUAUUCAUAAAGGAAGUGUUGAACAAGCCAGAGCAUCUCAUAUAUACAGCUACAGACAUGGUUUCAGAGGCUUUGCAGCCAAGAUGACAGAGGACCAAGCUUCCCAACUAGCCGAGAUGCCGGGAGUGGUGUCGGUGUUUAGGAAUAACAGGAUGGCAAGCUGGUGCAAGAAAUGUGUAUAUUUAAAACCAAAAUUGGAAAAAUUGGCAGCAGAUUACUAUCCGAGAGUGAAUGUCACAGUUGGAGAGGGAGAAGAAAGAAUUUUGAUGACCAGAUUGCACACUGUUGCUGACAUUUUCUGCGUUGGGUGUGGAUCAAUUUUGGGAUGGAAAUACGAGACUGCCCAUGAAAAGAGCCAAAAGUACAAGGAAGGAAAACCUGUCCUUCAGUGGUUAGCAGAUAAUUGUUUUGAUGAGUCAAAGAAAGAGAUAUUUGCUAUGAAACCAACCUCAGAAUAA